CCAGGAUGCGUUACGUCGCAGCUUACCUUCUAGCGGUCCUCGGUGGCAACGACUCUCCCACGUCAAAGGACUUGAAAAAGAUCCUCGACAGCGUUGGCAUUGAGACAGACGAUGAACGCAUGAACAAGGUUAUUAGUGAGCUGAAUGGAAAAAACAUCGAGGAUGUCAUUGCUCAGGGUAAUGGAAAACUUGCCAGCAUGCCGGCUGGGGGAGCUGUGGCAGCCUCUGCUGGAGGGGGCUCUGCUGCUCCUGCUGCAGCUGCUGCCCCUGCUGCCGCUGAGGAGAAGAAAGAAGAGAAGAAGGAGGAAUCUGAAGAAUCUGACGAUGACAUGGGAUUCGGCCUAUUUGAUUAAUUAUUUGUUAUAGAGAAAUUAUUAAAAUUCUUUGUUUUAAAUGUUUUUUUUAGUUUAUUAUUAUAACCAUACAAGCGCUAUUGGAUUCAGACAGCUGUUCUUAAAAUAGCUCUGACAAAGCUUUGAUUUUUAUCUCUGAAACAGGUAUGUGAAUUUUAUGAAAAGCGAUGGGACUCGACUCUCUUUAAAGUACUUAGGAAAUGGCUAAGCUUGUGUGAACCUGGAUGCUUGUUUUGACACUUCUGUUUCUUAAACAGUAUGUGGAAGCUGAAUCUACCUGAUCUUAACUUAAGUUCACCUUCUCCGUACUAUUUUGCCAUCCCCUCUACUCAGGAAAGAGUCCCAUCUAUUCAGCAAUAAAAGGACUUUAUUUUUCAUGAUCUGUUUAAUCAAUUCCAAAACAUGUGAAACUGAAUGGACACUAGGUCUGAAUUAGUCCAGAAACAUUUUCAUUUCAGAGCUAGCUGAAAUGUAAAUAAACCAGUAAUUAGUUUUUGUAAAUAUCUAAAAGCACCAAUGUCAUUGCUGUGUCAGAUUUCCAGCCUCUAGGGACACCACCAGUAAAAUACUUGACUAUGCUUGG